GUAUAUUGUAUCGAUAAUUUCGCGGUCACACUGCUAUUCUGUCAUCAGGGGUUCGUUGAAAAUUUUUCGUCUAACAUUUUGGAACAACAAAGCGACAAGUCACUAGACAGCAGCAACAUGUCGGCCUAUAAGCUGGAGACCGCCCCGUUUGAUCCACGUUUCCCCAACCAGAACGUGACCCGUUACUGUUACCAGUCGUACAUCGACUUCCAUCGCUGCCAGAAGAAGCGCGGCGAGGACUUUGCACCCUGCAACUAUUUCCAAAAGGUCUACAAGACGAUGUGCCCCAACGCCUGGGUGGAGAAGUGGGACGAUCAGCGCGAGAGCGGCACAUUCCCGGGCCGCAUCUAAGCAUCCCAGAUGCAGAAGCAGAGUAAAAACACCAACCCUACACUACACGCUAAGCAAAACAAACACCACACAGAACAACUGUGCAACAACACGACACGUUAAAUAGCAACAAUAAGCAGGCCCAACUAGAGCAGAGGGUUGUGUGUUAUCCAACAUCCCAGAGCCAGGAUAUCUAACAAUUGCAGCAAUAAUGUCACACACCAAAACUGUUUAUGUUAUUAUUUUCCGGAGGUGAAGAAAGCAUUGACUAAAUACAAAUACACAAUUGUUCAAUUCUGUGAAUACCAAUUCGA